AUGUCUUCCAAAAAAUUGAGAGCCCAGUUUCUUGAAAUCUGCGUGAUAUCCGGAUUUUCAAAAGAGCAAUAUAAUCAGAUGAAAUUCAGCGAAAGGUGUAUGCAAUUGAUAUAUGUGGGUGUUUGUAAAGUGUUGAAGCGUCGCGGAAUUAUUAAACAAGAUAAUACAGCAUGUGCAGAUCUUCUGGAAUUGCUUGGAAGUGCCAGUGUGGCAAACGAUAUCUUGGAUGAAUUACUUCUUGGAACUCCUCAUGACACAACUGAUCCUUCUGAAAUGAAAUUGCGAAAAUUCGUGGUGACUCAAAUGGUGAAAAGAUACAAAAAAGAAUGGAAUAUGAAACCAAAAGAGGCAGAGGAAUUGCAUAAGCAACUAAUGGGAACUGAUAAUUUAACAGCUAUGCUUUCGGAGAUUCCAGAUGUGGAGAAGUUGGAUUCGGAAGCUCACGAAAUAGCUGAAAAGAAGAAAGAGAGAAAUAAAAGAAGUCGGGAGAAUAAGAAAAAGAAAAAGUUGAUGCAACAAGCAACUGUCCCGGGGUUGAAAGAGAACGACACGGUUGAAAAGGACUCCGAAGACAAUUCUCGACCUGAUUCUUCAGAAACCACUGCAUCUGUUGAGCAUCUUGACACCAAACUCACGAGGGACACUUCUGCUGAAAAACCAAAGCCAGAGGGUUUCAAUGAGAAGGCACCUACUUCUGUUGCAAUUAUCUGA